ACUUCACACAAAUGAGGUUAGGGUAGAUCUGCGCGGAUUUUCACAACACAUGUUUUUCUCGUCUCAUUUGUUUGCUUCUCUGAGGAUUUCCUGAGAUGUCGUUUUUCAAGCCCAUAAAUUCCCGUUACUACACAGUCAGCAAGGAUGCUAAAGCAACUCCUGACCACCUUUACUGGCGCCGAUUGGGGGUUCCAGUGCUCGUGAAGGAAUUCGGGACAAUUGACUAUGUUGAUUUUAGCCCCAUGGAGCCCUACUACUUUGCCGUAACGUGCUCAGUGCGCGUACAAAUCUACAAUCCCAUCACUAAGUUAGUGGUGAAGAAUCUGUCGCGCUUCCAGGAGAGUGCCUACGGAGGAACGUUCCGGAAUGAUGGGAAACUCCUUGUGGCCGGUGAUGAGGAGGGUCUCGUGAAGCUCUUCGAUGUGUCCAGCAAGAAUAUUCUCAGGCUGUUCAAGGGGCACAAGGGUGCCGUCCAUCGGGCAGCCUUCACGCAGGAUUCCGUGCACAUUUGUAGCUUUUCGGAUGAUAAAAUGGUCAAAGUGUGGGAUUUGUCCACGGAAAAGGUAGUUUGUGACAUUGAUGGACACACUGACUACGUACGAGCGGGAUGCACGAGCCCCGUGUCACCGAAUCUACUCAUUUCAGCUGGAUAUGAUCACAAAAUUCGAAUGCACGACACCAGAGUGGCUUCCGGAAGUGUCCUGGAGGUGAAUCACGAAAGUCCCGUGGAGUCUGUGCUGUACCUCCCGAGUGGGGGGAUCUUUGUGAGUGCCGGUGGGACGGAUAUCAAGGUGUGGGACGCCAUGGGUGGUGGGAAGCUCCUGACUCGCCUUGCGCAUCAUCACAAGACAGUGACGUGCCUCAAGUUGGCCAAUGGAGGACGACGCCUCCUCUCUGGGAGUCUCGAUCACACCCUAAAGAUCUAUGAUGUGUCCAACUAUGAGUGUGUUCACAGCAUUAACUACCCCAAUAGUGUUCUAAGUCUGGGAAUUUCAGCUGAUGAUGAAACCCUCGUGGCAGGGAUGGUGGAUGGAUUGGUGUCAAUCCGCAGGAUGGAGAGUGAAAAGGACGAGAAGAAUGAGGAACAAAUAGACGAGAAAAAGUGGAAAAUUGCCACAGAACACGUGGAUGAGGUUGUUCCGGAACAUAAGAAAAUGGUUCAGGAACAAGUGGACAGAUACCUGCGAACUUAUGAGUACUCCAAGGCGCUGGAUUGUUGCCUCACACACCGCUGUGUGACCAAAUUUCCCCACCUCACUGUAUCCGUCAUGCAUGAGCUAAUACGCCGGAAAGGCCUGGCAAGAGCCUUCUCCGGACGCUCCCAUAAAUCCCUGGCACAGCUGCUGAGCUUCUGCAAUCGCUACAUCAGUGAUUAUCGCUUCACACGUGUCCUCCUCGAUGCCGUCAAUAUCCUCUUGGACGUCUACGAAGACACAAUGGACACAUUCCCGAAGGACAUACUGAAUCAAUUCAAUGGCUUAGUCAAGAGGCUCAAGCAGGAGGAGACUGUGACGUAUGGAUGCCUCAAAGUUCAGGGAGCGAUGGAUCUUCUAAUUUCCAAUGCGUCGUACGUGUCAAAGAAAAAGUACGAGGACGAUCUCAAACAGUCGGAAAAUGCAAAGAAAUUGGAUGCAAUAAAAGUUUUUUGAAUCUUUUAAA